AUGGAAACGUAUGCAGUGUAUAAGGGGCGCAAAAUUGUAUCAGAAUUUAGAACAACUGAAGUGAUGUGUGAAGCUGCUAAUUUCGCACAACAUCUACGCGAAAACAAUAUGAUUAACGUCGGAAUAUAUACGGAGAAAUGCUGUUGGAGUUGCAUCUUAUGUGCCAAUAAGCGCACUCAUUAUGUGCGGCCGAAAGAAAGUCCCAACAGUAUAGAAAAACACGAUAAAACUGCACCGUAUCCAAUGCAACAUGGUGAUGAUGCAAAACGUCAACAUAUCUUAGGCGAUAAAAUAUUAACUCCGAACUGUACAGCAUUAGUUUUAAAGGGUUUGUAUAUGUUACCCGAAAUUAUAUUUGGUUUAAGUAAGAUCAAAAUAGACCUAAAAUGUAAACAUUUGGAAGACUCGCAACUGAAUGAUAAACACUUUUAUAUAAGAAGCACAUUACAACCAGAUGGGUCAAAUAUAUCAAAGGUUGAAAGAGAGUAUAUUUCGCCUGGUGAAAAUGAAUGGGUACGCAAAGCAUACGUAAAACCUAUAGGGGCUUGGAUAAACGUUCCUUACGUCAUAGGUUCUUUGGCGAGCGCCAGUUAUGAGUUCUUGUUAGAAGAAAAUGAUCAGAAAAUUUUAUCUUUGCCAAGCGGAGAUAUAGAUGUUCAAUUUGAUAUUGUCAAAACACCCGAAACAGAAAGAAUUGUGAAUGAAUAUUUAAACAAGUAUUACAGGUUUUCUCCGAUGGCUGAAGAGUUUAAUAAAUUUUGGUAUACUUAUGUUGAGAAUAAAGAAUUGCACAAGUAUGCAAAGCCUGAUGAAUCCAGAGAUAUUUAUGAUGAGAUUGUAAGAUUCAAGGAUGACAUGAAAGAAUCAUUGGACAAAUUUUUCGAAAACAAAACAGAAAUAUGGUCACCUGAUCACGGAAUGAUGAAAGUGUCUCAAAAAAGAACUUUUGAUGAUUUGGUAUUUAGCAGGAAACCUUAUAUGAUUUGUAGAGCUGCGUAUUCAUUUUUUGGUAUAAAUUUCGGAUGGUGCUACCAGUAUAGAAAUGUCAUCAUGCGUUGGAGAUUAAUAGAUUUAUUUUUCAAUUAUGUAAAUCCCAAUGUGUGUUGCGGUUACACACAGCUCGUGGAAAUGGAUUACGGCAUUGUGGAAAAAAAAGGAUAUACUUAUUUGAAAGGAUAUUUGACAGAAAAAGAUAAAAAUGAUCCAGUUUUACCAUAUGUAAUUGGCCAAUUAUCCGGUUUUCGAUUAACCUUUAUCUAUUAUUCGCGACUUAUGUCAAAAUCACACAGACAAACCAUCAGGAAUGCAAGAAUUAUAAGAAGCUUAUCAAAAUUUCUGAACGAAAAUAAAGAUUAUCAGCUUGGCACAAUUGACGAAAAUAUUUUAGCUGAAUAUUUACCACCUUUUUCGUUAUUAGUUUGUCCCGGGUUUGAAAAGAUCGUAAACACAUUAGACAGUAAACACCCUCUUGUGCAAGCGUUGGUAAAUAUUAGAAAUCUAAGAGAACAUGAUAUAAAAACACACAACGGCGCGGACAGGCAUUCCGGAAUUUCAUUUUUUCGUGUUCCUUAA